AUGGGGUCUUUGACAUCACAAACCCCCUUAUCACAAGAACAACUUUCCGCUUUGAAAUAUCAGAUAUUGGCCUUUAAGCUCAUAUCUCAUAAUUUAGAAGUUCCUGCGCCCUUACAACAAGCAAUGUUCUCCCCUGGACAAUCCCAGGGUUUGUCUGCUCAAGAAAUAACAGGAACUCCCUUAACUGGAAAACUUGUUGAAGCGUCAUAUAAUCAUCAUUCACGGACAUCACCCAACCCAACAGCCGAGGCAGUAUCUUCUGCCCAAGCAUCAGCCUCGACACCCCUUUAUAAUGCCUACACAAAUCCUUUAACUUAUCUAAAACCGGUCAACACCUAUUCUCAUGCAUCCCGCCAACAAAGAAUGUUAAUACCAGCAAUAAUGCCAAUUGGGCUAGAUCCAAAUGAGAUUGCUGCAGAGCGAGAGCGUCAAAUAAAAGCCCGUGUUCAGCAAAGAAUCUGCGCACUCGAAUAUGCACUUGAAGCGGGGUUGUACCAAAGUCAAGCCGAAAAAAUAAAAUUGUUAAUUGAAUUGAAAGGAAAAAAAGUAUUUGGAAAGCAAAAAAAGGCAAGUUACCAUGAAUCUCAAAUUAAUUAUCUUAAUUUGGGAGAUAGACUUGAAAAGCAGCAACGUGAAGAUAGACAACGAGUCAAAAAACAAAAACAUUUAGAUCGAAUACAGAGUAUUUGUAACCAUGGGCGUGAUUUGAUUCAAUGUCAUCGUACAAGCCAAGCGAAACAACUUAAGUUUGGCCGCGCAGUUGUAAGUUAUCAUUCGCAAGUUGAGAAGGAAGAACAGAAGAGAUUGGAAAGAUUAUCUAAAGAACGUUUAAGAGCUUUGAAAAAUGAUGACGAAGAGGCUUACUUGAAGCUUAUUGAUAAAGUUAAGGAUACAAGAAUUACGCAUCUUUUAAAACAAACGGAUCAAUAUCUAGACUCUUUGGCCCAGGCUGUUGUUGCUCAACAACGUGACGAAUUACACAAAGACCCUACUGUAAGAGGUGGUAUUGAAUUGAUGGAUGAUGAAGAAGAUAUAGGAGAAGAUGAAAACAUAACUAUUGUGGUCGAUUAUUAUGCUGUUGCCCAUAGAAUCAAGGAAGAAGUUGAACAACCAUCUAUAAUGAUAGGAGGAAGUUUGAAAGACUAUCAGGGUGCGCCUAAUACUCGUAAAGAACUUCAACAACAGUUUAUCAAACAUGUAGAUUUUCAAGUUCUCUUGACAACAUAUGAAUAUAUUAUAAAAGAUAAAUCUAUAUUAAGCAAAUUACGAUGGGUAUAUGUAAUUAUUGAUGAAGGCCAUCGUAUGAAAAAUACUAAGUCAAAGUUAUCAAAUAACUUGCCAGAAUUAUGGUCAUUGUUGAAUUUUAUUUUACCGAGGAUCUUUGACUCCGUAAAAAGUUUUGACGAAUGGUUUAAUACUCCAUUCGCGAAUGCCGCAGGACAAGACAAAAUAGCAUUAAACGAAGAAGAAUCAUUACUUAUUAUUCGACGUUUACACAAGAAAGAUGUUGAGUCAGAAUUACCUGAUAAAGUAGAGACCGUGAUUAAGUGCAGGCUUUCAGCUUUGCAAUUAAAGCUUUACAGUCAAAUGAAAAAACAUGGCGUACUGUUUGUUAAUACCGGAGAGAAAGGGUAUACUAUACAAAAUUGUUUAAUUGAUAAAGCAAACCUAUUAGCAGAAUCUAUUGGAAUAUCUUAUGAACUAUUAAUUAACUUUGUUAUUAGGAAAACCGGGAUAAAAGGUCUCAACAAUACUAUCAUGCAAUUGAGAAAAAUUUGUAAUCACCCAUUUGUUUUUGAAGAAGUUGAAAAAGACAUAAAUCCUGGAAAUACCAAUAGUGCUUUGCUAUACCGAGUAUCUGGAAAGUUUGAGUUACUGGAUCGUAUACUGCCAAAAUUUUUUGCUACAGGACACAGAGUAGCACAGGAUCGUGCACAUCGUAUAGGUCAAACUAGAGAAGUUCGUAUAUUACGGCUAAUCUCACAAAAAUCUAUUGAGGAGACCAUUUUGGCUAGAGCUCAAUAUAAAUUGGACAUUGAUGGUAAGGUUAUUCAAGCCGGUAAAUUUGAUAAUAAGAGUACAGAAAACGAACGUGAAGAACUUUUGCUCAUAGCUCGUAAUGAAGAUGAACUUAUCAAAUUCAAACAAAUUGAUCAGGAGAGGACACAAAGAGAAGAGAUGGAAUGGAAAAAAUCUGGAGGUAAAGGAAAACGGCCAGAUAGAUUAAUAGAGGAGAGUGAAUUGCCACCUGUAUAUAUAAAAGAGUACGACGCAAUAGUACGACAAGAAGAACCAGGAGUAGAAUAUGGCCGAGGUCAAAGACCGAGAGGAUCCGUUCAUUAUGACGAUGGAUUAACAGAGGAGCAAUGGGUUAAUGCUAUUGAAGAUGAAGAUAUUGAUGUCGAAGAUCUAAUUGCUAAAAAACAAGCUGCUAAAAAACGGCGUUUGGUUAAAAAAUCACAAAAACUUCACAGUUCCACACAUCUGGAUAUAUCACAUAAUUCAACACCACAUCCAGAUGAAUCAAGCGCGGAUGCAGCCGAAUAUAAAAAGAAACGUGGGCGACCGCGGAAAGAUGAAAUGCCCAGUGUUGAUGAUAACAAUGCACACGACAUACAGUCUAAGCAAUCAAAAAAGAAAGGAAAAGGAAAACGAGUUGAAACUAGCGAUUUUGAAACAUUUGAUCAACCAAAAAAUAAAAAACGGAAGCAACAGCCUAAAAAAACUCAUGAGCAAACAUCAUCUGAUACUGUAUCGCCUCAUACUCGGGAUCGGAUGAGACGUAUUUUUAACAGAUGUUAUUCUGCAGUUGAGAACUUAAUGGAUGAUACUGAAGGGUUUGAUACAUACCUCUUCCUUACACUUCCUAGUAAAAAGGAAUACGACUAUUAUUACACGGUCAUUAAUAAUCCAAUUGCAAUGGAUACAAUAAAGCGUAGGAUCAAGCUUAAUCAUUACCAAUCAGCGGCCCAAUUUCGGGAUGAUUGGCAUUUAAUGUUUAAUAAUGCAAGAACAUUUAACGAAGAGGCAUCAACAGUGUAUAAUGAUGCGGAAAAAUUACAGGAAGUUUUCGAUGAAACGUUUGAAGAACUUUGUCCUGGAGGUCAAAUUCCUCCGUCGGGAGAUGAAAUGGAUAUUUAG